CGGGUGUCCGGGCGCGGUUGGAGGCGUCCCCGAGGAGCGCGCGCGCUUGCGCCGGCGUCGGGCUCGCGCACGCGCACCUGCGCCGGCGUCGGGCUCGCGCACGCGCACGACGGCGGCGGCGACGGCGGUUCCUGCCGGGGGCUGCGAGUGGCGGGCGGCUCGGAGGGGAGCAGCGUCGCUGAGGGGCUCGGCGGCAGUGGCGGCGGCUCGGCACGCGUGGCUCUUGGCCCGGCUCGCGCAGCGGCGGGCGUUUCAGUCCGGUUCAGGGGCGUGGGCGCGGCGGCGGCGGCGGCCCGAGGCCUGCGGCCUAGGCCUCAGCGCGGCGGCGGGCUCGAGUGCGGCGCGGGGCCGGCCUGAGGGCCCUACUCGGCGGCACCAUGAGUGUGGAGGCGUACGGGCCCAGUUCGCAGACGCUCACCUUCCUGGACACUGAGGAAGCCGAGCUGCUUGGCGCCGACACACAGGGCUCGGAGUUCGAGUUCACCGACUUCACCCUCCCCAGCCAGACGCAGACGCCCCCAGGUGGCCCCGGCGGCCCCGGAGGAGGUGGUGCGGGAGGCCCGGUCGGCGCUGGCGCGGGCGCUGCGGCCGGACAGCUGGACGCGCAGGUCGGUGGACCAGAGGGCAUUCUGCAGAACGGGGCUGUGGAUGACAAUGUGGCCAAGACCAGCCAGCUGUUGGCCGAGUUGAACUUUGAAGAAGAUGAAGAAGAUACCUAUUACACGAAGGAUCUCCCUGUACAUGCCUGCAGUUACUGCGGAAUACACGAUCCUGCUUGCGUGGUUUACUGUAAUACCAGCAAGAAGUGGUUCUGUAAUGGACGUGGAAAUACUUCUGGCAGCCACAUUGUAAAUCACCUCGUGAGGGCAAAAUGCAAAGAGGUGACUCUGCACAAGGAUGGGCCCCUGGGGGAGACAGUUCUGGAGUGUUACAACUGUGGCUGCCGCAAUGUCUUCCUCCUCGGCUUCAUCCCUGCCAAAGCGGACUCCGUAGUGGUGCUCCUGUGCAGGCAGCCCUGCGCCAGUCAGAGCAGCCUCAAGGACAUCAACUGGGACAGCUCCCAGUGGCAGCCCCUGAUCCAGGACCGCUGCUUCCUCUCUUGGCUGGUCAAGAUCCCUUCUGAGCAGGAGCAGCUGCGGGCCCGGCAGAUCACUGCUCAGCAGAUCAACAAGCUGGAGGAGCUCUGGAAGGAAAAUCCUUCUGCCACCUUGGAGGAUCUGGAGAAGCCCGGUGUGGAUGAGGAGCCGCAGCACGUCCUCUUGCGGUACGAGGACGCCUACCAGUACCAGAACAUAUUCGGCCCUCUGGUCAAGCUGGAGGCCGACUACGAUAAGAAACUGAAAGAGUCCCAGACUCAAGAUAACAUCACGGUCAGGUGGGACCUGGGCCUUAACAAGAAGAGAAUCGCCUACUUCACUUUGCCCAAGACUGACUCUGACAUGCGGCUCAUGCAGGGAGAUGAGAUAUGCCUGAGAUACAAAGGGGAUCUGGCACCCCUGUGGAAAGGGAUCGGCCACGUCAUCAAGGUCCCUGAUAAUUAUGGCGAUGAGAUCGCCAUUGAGCUUCGGAGCAGUGUGGGCGCCCCUGUGGAGGUGACUCACAACUUCCAGGUGGAUUUCGUGUGGAAGUCAACCUCAUUUGAUAGGAUGCAGAGCGCUUUGAAAACGUUUGCUGUGGAUGAGACCUCCGUGUCAGGCUACAUCUACCACAAACUGCUCGGCCACGAGGUGGAGGAUGUGAUCAUCAAGUGCCAGCUGCCGAAACGCUUCACGGCACAGGGGCUCCCAGACCUCAACCACUCUCAGGUUUAUGCUGUGAAGACUGUGCUGCAGAGACCACUGAGCCUGAUUCAGGGGCCACCAGGCACGGGGAAGACCGUGACCUCUGCCACCAUCGUCUACCACCUGGCUCGGCAGGGCAACGGGCCUGUGCUCGUCUGUGCUCCGAGUAACAUAGCUGUGGAUCAGCUGACUGAGAAGAUCCACCAGACUGGGCUGAAAGUCGUGCGGCUCUGCGCGAAGAGCCGUGAGGCCAUUGAUUCCCCGGUGUCAUUCCUGGCCCUGCACAACCAGAUCAGGAACAUGGAUAGCAUGCCAGAGCUACAGAAGCUGCAGCAGCUGAAGGAUGAGACUGGGGAGCUGUCCUCUGCUGAUGAGAAGCGGUACCGGGCCCUGAAGCGCACCGCCGAGCGGGAGCUGCUCAUGAAUGCAGAUGUCAUCUGCUGCACGUGUGUGGGUGCAGGGGACCCGAGGCUCGCCAAGAUGCAGUUCCGCUCCAUCUUAAUUGACGAGAGCACCCAGGCCACCGAACCAGAGUGCAUGGUCCCUGUGGUUCUUGGCGCCAAGCAGCUCAUCCUCGUGGGCGACCACUGCCAGCUGGGCCCUGUGGUGAUGUGCAAGAAGGCCGCCAAGGCUGGACUGUCCCAGUCGCUCUUCGAGCGCCUGGUAGUGCUGGGCAUCCGUCCCAUCCGCCUCCAGGUCCAGUAUCGGAUGCACCCGGCGCUCAGUGCCUUCCCGUCCAACAUCUUCUACGAGGGCUCUCUUCAGAACGGCGUCACCGCAGCGGAUCGAGUGAAGAAGGGGUUUGACUUCCAGUGGCCCCAACCUGAUAAGCCAAUGUUCUUCUACGUGACCCAGGGCCAAGAGGAGAUCGCCAGCUCAGGCACCUCCUACCUUAACAGGACGGAAGCUGCAAAUGUGGAGAAGAUCACCACGAAGCUGCUAAAGGCGGGUGCCAAGCCUGACCAGAUCGGCAUCAUCACACCCUAUGAGGGCCAGCGCUCCUACCUGGUGCAGUACAUGCAGUUCAGCGGCUCCUUGCACACCAAGCUGUACCAGGAGGUGGAGAUUGCCAGUGUGGAUGCGUUCCAGGGACGAGAGAAGGACUUCAUCAUCCUUUCCUGUGUGCGAGCCAACGAGCACCAAGGCAUUGGGUUUUUAAACGACCCCAGGCGGCUUAAUGUGGCUCUGACCAGAGCAAGGUAUGGGGUCAUUAUCGUGGGCAACCCAAAGGCCUUGUCCAAGCAGCCACUCUGGAACCACCUGCUGAACUACUACAAGGAGCAGAAGGUGCUGGUGGAGGGGCCCUUGAACAACCUUCGGGAGAGCCUCAUGCAGUUCAGCAAGCCCAGGAAGCUGGUCAACACCAUCAACCCGGGAGCCCGCUUCAUGACAACAGCCAUGUAUGAUGCUCGGGAGGCCAUUAUCCCAGGAUCAGUCUAUGAUCGGAGCAGCCAGGGCCGGCCCUCAAACAUGUACUUCCAGACCCACGACCAGAUCGGCAUGAUCAGUGCGGGUCCCAGCCACGUGGCUGCCAUGAACAUUCCCAUCCCUUUCAACCUGGUCAUGCCACCCAUGCCACCACCAGGGUAUUUUGGACAAGCCAACGGGCCAGCCGCAGGCCGGGGUACCCCAAAAGGCAAGACUGGUCGUGGGGGGCGCCAGAAGAACCGCUUUGGGCUCCCUGGACCCAGCCAGACGAAUCUCCCCAACAGCCAGGCCAGCCAGGAUGUGGCAUCACAGCCCUUCUCCCAGGGCGCCCUGACACAGGGCUACAUCUCCAUGAGCCAGCCCUCCCAGAUGAGCCAGCCCGGCCUCUCCCAGCCCGAGCUGUCCCAGGACAGUUACCUUGGCGAUGAGUUUAAGUCACAGAUUGAUGUGGCGCUGUCGCAAGACUCCACGUACCAAGGGGAGCGGGCGUACCAGCACGGCGGAGUGACAGGGCUGUCCCAGUACUAGAAGGUGGCGGCGGAAGAGCUAAGCUAUGUGGCUUAGUCCAUCAGCAUCUUAUUCUGGGUAAUAAAAAAUAAAAAUAAAUGGAUACCUGUUUUCCACUGCUAAAACUGAAGCACCACUGUGAGCAACAGGAGAGGGAGAGGAGCACCCGAGGGAGAGAGGAGCCGAGACAGAGCGAGCGCCCACUGCUGGCCCGCGGCGGCGAGGAGAAGGAGAAGGGAGAGCGGGAGGCGGGCGGCCACGGAGGACCGCCCGCCAGCGAGCCCUGCCAGCCCCGCUCGCCAAGGAGGCCCAGCGCUCGCUGCGUCCACACCUGGGUCUGCGACCAGGGCGGAGGGAGGAAGACCCUCAUCUCAGAGUAGCCCUUUCCUCUGUUCUUUUCUUUCUGUUUCUCUUUUAUUGAAAGGGGACUACGUUUUAGCAGGAAAAACUUCGCAUUUCUGUGCAGAGCAGGCUCCUUGCCGGGGCAGCCAUGCCGGGAGAGCCCCGAGGAGAUGUGGGUUCUGUCCACACCAGCUCUGAAACUGCCCUGGUCACGCUGCCUGUGUUCUAAGAGGGUUUCAUUUAAAGAAAACACGGUGUUUUGGGUUUUUCUGUUUGUUUUUUAAAGAUUCUUUCAAAGGAGUACUGAAAAACAUACUUUCCUGAGUUUGUCUCUCAAAUCUUAGUGGUGGACCUGGAAGAUGUGAGAAGCUUCCAGGAACGAAGUUUAAACAAGCCAACACAUCUCAAGAUUAGGAUCAACACCUGUGACGGGAUCGCGAGGAGGAUUUUUGUUUUCAGUUUUAGCUUCCAGCGGCUUCUCCCUGCACGUCAGGGCGGUGAGAGAGCACCGUCUCGUCCCGGGCCAGGCAGCUCCAGUCUCCGCUGGACUCUGAGAAGCAAAGUGCUUCCUACACGCGGUGGACUCGCGCCCCAGCCACCCACCCUGGGAGGGGCCUUGGGCAGGACUGGCUGUGAGGCCAGAGGGUGGGGAGGUGGCUAUUCUGUGGCCAGUGGCUUCUUCCCUAGGGUCCUUCCUGAGGAUUUGAUGGAAGACAGCAGCAGCCAAGAGGACCCAUCCCCAGGGAGGCACCCACGGUCCCCAUGGCUGGUUAGACACGCUGAGUGCCCCACUCACCUUGUUCUCUACCCCACCCUCCAAGUUGGGAGCCCCUCUACCUGUGGGCACAGGUGUGAUAGGGUGGAGUGAUAUCUGCUUUUUGGGGGGGAAAGGAGUAUGUAUCAGAAAUAGGUUGGUUCUGUGCCGAAGGGGCUUGGGCCACAACACAAGAAGUUACUGUAGCUGGGAGAGCCACCCCCAGCUCCUUGCGUACCACGGUGGGGUAGUACUGUCUCCCUGGCCACCACCUGUUUGGGGACCAUUCCCUGCCUAUCCAGGCCCUGGUGACCCUGCCCCCCCCCCCCCCCCCAGCUUCCCCGUCCCCGUGAGGCGAACACUGGCCCUGAUCUCAAAGCCUCCAGAUUCCAGCUUGUACGUGGGAGACGGGGACACACAGGCCACCUUCCUUCUGGCAAGGCCUCUUAUUUAUUACCAUUGCUGUAGGGCUUUCGGUUUCCCCCUUCUUUUGAUAGGCCACAUAGAGGCAUAGAGUUUGGAUAGGUUUCCGCUAUGACCCCUUGUGCGACACACCCCGUGGGCAACACCUGUGCCCACCCACCCGCCCACCCACCUGCCCUGUUCUGUUCCCUUGGAAUGCCUUGCCUCUGCUUUGUGCUGUUUGCUUUGUUCUUCACCUUCAUAGCAGCAGUUAAUUCUGAGUUUUCCAAAUCAAGGAGCAUAUGUACCAAGGCAAUGUAACUUUUGAUUUCUGGUCAAUUUGUUUUAAGCUCUAUUGUCACCAAUAAAAUCUUAAUUAACA